CCACCACAGGGUUAAUGUUGGCGCCACCCCUGGGGAGUGGCAGGGUCAGGUGCCAGGUGCUGAGUACAAGGUACAGACUAGACAGAGGGGCUGGGGCCAGGGCAGUCUGCAGCUGGGCACGAUGGGCACUGAGUACAUCACCUACAAGGGCAUGCUCUUCCCCCGCUUGGACUACUCCCCAGAGACCAUUAGCUACCUGCAAAGUGAGUUCCAGGUGCGGGAUGACGACGUCUUCAAUGUCACCUAUCCCAAAUCAGGCACCAACUGGAUGCUGGAGAUCCUGAGCCUGAUCCGCUGUGAUGGGGACCCCAGCUGGGCGCGCAGUGUGCUGAACUGGGAUCGGGCCCCCUGGAUCGAGUCCAACAAUGGGCAGGAGGCGGCCCUGAAGUACCCACCACCCCGGCUGCUCAGCUCCCACAUGCCUCUCCAGUUCUUCCCCAGGUCCUUCCAGGGCUCACGGGCCAAGGUCAUCUACACCCUGCGCAGCCCCAAGGACGUGGUGACUUCCUACUACCACUUCACCCACAUCAUGCAUGCAUUUAAGGACCAUGGGCCCCUGGACGCCUUCCUGCAGGAUUUCCUGAGUGGCAAUGUGCCCUACGGCUCCUGGUUUGACCACGUGGCUGGCUGGCUGGGCCUGCGAGGCCAGGACAACUUCUUCUACAUCACCUAUGAAGAGCUGCAACAGGACUUGCGGGGCAGCGUGCAGAGGAUCUCCCGCUUCCUGGGGAAGGAGCUGAGUGAGCAGCAGAUCUCCUCGGUAGUGGAAAACGCCUCCUUCCAGACCAUGCGGAGAAACAAGAUGUGCAACUUCUCGGAGGUACCGGACGAGUUCAUGGACCACUCGAAGGGGCAGCUCCUGCGGAAAGGGGUCUCUGGGGACUGGAAGAACCUGCUGUCGGAGGAGCAGGGCCGCCGCAUCGACACCGUGUACCAGGAGUGGAUGCAGGGGCUGGGCAUCACCUUCCCCUGGGACUAACAUCUCCUCUGUGUGACCCCAGCACAGGUCUGAGCCCCCGCAUAGCCCAGAGUGGAGCAGGGAACAGCAGAGGGGAGCUGGAAUGGGGGGUGGGGGAUACCUACACAAACAAGCGCACACGCACACACACACACACACACACACAUGCAUGCACAUACAAGCACACACGUAUGCAUGCAUGCACAAACAUGGACAUAUAUGUACACAUGCUCAUACACGUGCAAUGCACAAAGGACACCCUGGAAUGUGUAUAUACAUACAUGCAUACAUAUGCAUAUACAUACAUGCAUAUGCACAUGCACACAUGAACACCCAUGUACACAUGCACAUGCACACGCACACCCACACCUACACAUUUAUAUGUGUACACAUGCACAUACACACACACAUUUGCGCACAUGUGCACACACACAUCCACAAGUGAACAUGUGCAUGCACAUACAAGCCCACAUGUACACAUACAUGCACACAUGUACAUACACAUACACAUGCUUGCACACAUGCAUGUGCAUGCACAAACACAUGCACAUACAUACAUGUGUGUGCACAUGCAGACAGACACAUACACAUCCAUGCAUAUGCCUAUACUUAUCCACACACACACAAACACACACAUGCACUCGCAUGUACACAUGCAUGCAUGCACACACACACCCCCCUACCCAUGCACACAUAUACGCAUACACACACACAGGCACCAGGAGUGUGGGCUGAAGCAGAAAACUGAGUGCCUCCCCUCCCACACCUGCAAGACACCGCUACUAGCAGGGGGAGGCCGGGACAUGCCAGCUGCACCCAUCUCUCCCCUCCAUGCCCCUGCUGAGCAAGCCCAACUGAGUCUUCAUCUUGGGGUCAGGCCCAACUUGGGGCUAAGGCCCCACACCAGCACCCAGGAGCUGCAGCUUCCAUCCCCAACCAGGACCCUGCCCCUCUCCCCUUACCCAGGCUGUUUUUUCAGGCCUCCCUUUGUGGGGCGAGGGUUCACAACCCAGGCCUGCCCCCAGGCACCCUCUCCUGUUCCUUGCACAAAUUGCACUGUUGUUUCCGACUGGGGCAUUAACAGCAUCAUGCCGAAGCUGGCUUGCGUGCCACUCA